GCCAGACUCCAUCACUUUAGAAUUUUUGUAUUUUGCAUACAAAUAAGAGCGUAGGCGUUCUAUCUUUUCACUUUUCGGUGUUUCAAAAGCUUCACACUGUCAUUCUAGUCGUCAGGUUUUCCGUGAUUGCGAAACACUCCUAAGAGAAAUACCAAGAUGUUUUAAAGGCAGCAAACCGAUAUUUUUCACGGGUUAAAGUCAUGAUGGACUCUCGUCCAAGACCGGAAUGAGCGUACUUCUCACAUCCGAAUGAAAUUAGUUCGCGAGGACCGACCAUCACAUCUAGGCCAACAUGAUUAAAUUUACAAGUUUUAUUCCAAAGAAUAUUCGCUUAUCAAAGCCGUUCUGUUUGGCUCGUUUCUGGAGCCAAAAGAAGGAAGAUAGCGGAGCGGACCAGUGUGGGUCGUACAUCAAAGAAGGAUAUUUGUGGAAAAUGAAAGAUGGUUUGCCAUCACGGAUGUGGCGCUGGAAGAAACGCUACCUUGUGCUUUCGGAAGAUAGUAUCUGCUUCUUGAAGGAAAAAGGGAAGGCCGGAAAGACACCAAAGAUUGUCAGAAUUCUCGAUGUUGUGUCGCUAAUGAUUGAAGAUUUUGGAAUUCGAAGGAAAACGUUUGGCAUUCGGUUGAAAGCUGGUAAUGACAGAGAUUCGUUUCUCUUGAGAUGUCGAAGUGAAGACGAGAGAAAUGACUGGGUUACAGCAGUGUUGACCGCCAAGUCUGCAAGCUUGCUUACUGACGAGAGCUAGAAACAAUAAACUAAAUUUAGCUACACUAAUGGAAGAAAUGCAACUUUCUAUUUUAUUAAAACUUAAAGAACAUGUAUAAUUGUAAACCUGUAUGUUAGCCGUGCCCUGACUUGGAUCACUCAGAGGGCCGGGGCCGUAUCGAUAAAAUUUAAAGAUUUGAAGAGCAGAGCAAGAUGAACUCUUUCUUGGAAACAAUGAACGACAGUUGCUAAGCUAUAAAACAAUAUCUAUGGUUGCUGGAAAACAUAAACCAUUUACAAGUAUCUCGUUUUUAUAGUUAGCUAUUCUUGUUAUCAAUUCUGCUAAACACACAAAAGCUGCUAAUAGAGAAUUAUUUUUGUCUUACUCAAAGGAAUUAUGACUGAAUUUAUGAAAUAAUAAAUUAAAGGCAAAAUUUAUUGAACAUUUAAAAUAAAACUGGAUACUUUUAACAUUUUUAGGAAUUCAAAAAACAGCGUACUGGAAUUACCAUGCGAAAAAGUAUUAUAUUUUUAUUCCUUUUAAGAACCAGUUUUAGUUUAUUGGUGAAAGUUGAAAUUUAGAAUUGUAAAAAAGGAAAGAAUUUCAGUGGACAAAUGAAAUAUGAAUAACCUGAAAUUCAUCCUAUAAGUAUUAUAAUUUCGGAAUAUUAUAUGAGAAGUAUAUAGUAAUUCAAUUUCUUAGUUUAUAGGAAAAAAAUGUUUUUGUGAUUUCACAGAUAAUAGAAUCGUGUUUCACGAUUGUUGUGAGCAAAAGUAACACAAGUGAUAAAAUACAAAUGCAGAAUUUCAAUUAAACUAGCUCACUGCUAGUUCUAGAACAAGCUGUUCACCUGAGACCUAAUAAUGUACGUAUAAUGAAUGUAAGUUUUUGAAAGUAGUUUUUAAAUAAAACUGACUAAGCAUCGAGGA